AUGAUGAUGAAGAAUAAUAAUUAUAGUAAUUUAAUGAAUAAUAAUAACAACAAUAUCAAUCAUGGUCAUCCGAUGAUGAUGCAACAUCAGAAGAAUCCAAAUAUUCAUCCCGAACAUUACAAUAUUAAGAAGAGCAAUAAUAAUGGAGUUCCGGAUGAUGGUGGUGCUCAAUAUUCAUCAGGAAUGGAAACAUUGAAUGGUAAUAUUAGUAACGCUGAUCGAUUGGCCUUUGGUCUCAAAUGUAUCUUUGUGGCAUCCCUUCUCUUUCCAUUUAUUAUUCAACGAAUCGCUUCAAAGAGAUUGAAUUCCGAAGCAAUUAAUCCAUUGUUAUUGGAGGAAAGAGCACUUUCUAUUUCUUCAUCAGGCUCAUCUACUGUUUCAUCAUCCUCAACAAUGGUACUUGAUCAACAAGUCAAGUUGGAUUUCAUGUUUAUUCAAACCAUGCAAAGAAUUUUACAGAACACUAUUGAGCAGUUUAUUAUCUUUUCAAUGAAUGUAUUGAUAUUGAGCUUGUAUUUACACCCAAAGGAUUUUAAGAUUAUCAUAUUUGCUACCAUUACUUUCAUUGUUAUGAGAAUUGCUUUUUGGAUUGGAUAUUUGAGACACUAUGUAAUGAGAGCAAUAGGAUUCUCAGUUGGUAUGAUAAUGAAUAUUGUGUUGGCAAUUAGUGGGUUGUAUUUACUGAUAACAAAUGAUGUUCUACCACAUGUUUUAUAG